AUGGCCAACAGCGACGAUGUGCUCUUCCGCUUCAUUCUCCAGUGGUCUUUGGCAAUCGAUGGACUCGCCCGAUGGUUGGAAGAAGUGGUAAUCCCUUCUCUCUUGCGGUGCUCAGCUUGUUGGAGCUAUUCUUGCGAUGCCAGCGCUGUGCUGCGAGGCACUCGGCUUGGCACUGAUGGCACCGGAGGGCUUGGCCGAGUAGUUGAUGUGCAGUGGUCAUUCAAAAGAGGGCCUCAGGAAAACCUCGAUUUUCUUCUGUCCAGAAUCAAUGCGCGGUCAGAGGCCACUGGCCAUCCAUCAGUGGUCGCGGUCUUCGGCUUCGGAGCAAACAUAGGGGAUAACCAAUUGCACUUCGGGUUGGCUCGGCCCAGCGAAGUCUCAGGACUGGGUGGGUGCUAUGAUUGGCGGACCACUCCGCAGCUAUCACCUCUGGCACACAAAUACCUGCACGACUUCAGUUGGUGUGUCAUGGACCGAAGCCGGGUCUCCAAGGGUUUUGCCUUCACCAUGGCAAUCGCCGACGGGACCUGA